UGUCUUUCAGAUGAUGCAUCUGUGACUCAGAACCAGCCUCCGCUAGACGCAGCAGAACCUAACGCAGAUCUCCCCCUGCAGGACCCCACCGGAGAGCCAUGGGUGAAGCCACGCUUCACUCAGCCCACAAAAAUGCGCAGGCGUGUGCUAGAGCAGCCUGUUGGCAGCUCGUUGCGUCUCAAGUGUGUGGCCAGUGGCAAUCCAACACCGGUCAUUUCAUGGUGGAAAGACCAGAGCCAGCUGCCCACCCCUCACCAAACUAAACGCCCACAGUGGACGCUGGCUCUGAAGAACCUGCAGCCUCAGGACAGUGCCAAAUACACCUGUCACGUCUCCAAUGCAGCUGGUCAUAUCAAUGCCAGCUACAAAGUGGAUGUAAUUGAGCGUACCAACUCCAAACCCAUUCUGACAGGUACCCAUCCUGUCAACACGACUGUGGAAUUUGGUGGAACAGCUUCCUUCCAGUGUAAAGUCCACAGUGAUGUGAAGCCAGUAAUACAGUGGCUGAAGCGAGUUGACCCAGGCACAGAGGGGCGCUAUAACUCCACACUGGAGGUAGGAGGCCAGCACUUUGUGGUGCUGCCCACUGGGGACGUGUGGUCCAGACCUGAUGGUUCCUACCUCAACAAGCUGGCCAUCAUCAAGGCAUGUGACGAGGAUGCUGGAAUGUACAUCUGUCUAGGGGCUAAUACCAUGGGCUACAGCUUUCGCAGCGCCUACCUCACCGUUCUCUCAGAUCCCAAGGUGGAUAAGGAUGUCAUUCUCCGCCACAUCAGCCCCGGUCUUCCCUGGCCACUGAUCAUUGGGAUCCCAGCUGCUGCCCUGCUCAUGGUAGGAACCAUCGUGCUCUGGUUGUGCCACAGCCGCAGACGCCAGAGUGCUUUGCCUCCCCGACCGAUGACCUAUCGAGACCACCACAUUCCAGACAAGGAGCCCAGCUCGACCAGCGGCACCAACCCUGACCUUCCCAACCAGAGACUAUUGGGAAUGGGGCCCCCAGCUCUCAGUAGUCCACCAAAGAUUUAUACCAAGGUCUACACAGACAUGCACACUCACACCCACACACACUCCCAUGCACACAUGGAGGGAAAAGUACACCAGCAUUUCCAUUACCAGUGUUAACAGGUUACCAUCAGGUUACCGAUGCUGCUGCCUCUGUUCUCAUGAGCUAAGGGCCACCACUCGAGGACCACAACCGUGCUGUUCUGAUGGAGCCCAUUUACCUUGAAAUGUCUCGGGUCAAGGGAAAUGUCUCACACUCAGUAGAGCUACAGUGGACCUCAACUUUCCUUUAAGUUCUUCUGAGUUCAAAAUCAAAUAACACUAAAUUAAAGCAACCCAAGUAAGUGCUAACAGUCCAAGAACAAUACUUGGAUCUUUUUGCUAUUCAAAAGCCAAGCAUUACACAGGAAGUAGAGCAGAGAUAUUUUAUAUUUGGAGAAACUGUGAUGAUAUGUGUUAAGCAUACUAGUGGCCCUGUUUACAAGGUGUUCUGAACAUUAAUGUCAGGAAAUUAGCAAAGAUGUGGAGUUUUCUUUUUCUUGUUUGUUUGUUUGUUAUAUUGUGAAGAAAUUAUGCAAGGAAAUGUCAGGGAAAAUAGAUGGAUGACUAAAUGGAAAGAGGGUAAGGGCUUCUGUUGUAUUACCAUUAAAAGGUACUUUGUGUUUGUAUGUAUGUAUUCAGCUCAACUUUCUGAUGAUUGCAGUAUUAUGUAACAUUAUCUAUGUCAAUGCAGUCUCACUGUUUGCUAAUUACAGUCGAGGAAGCUAUUUUAUUUCAAACACAUUGUGUAUCAUUUCAAAUUACAGAUGAGCUGUAAACAUGGCAUUUCUGUUUGAUGAUAAUAUAUUUUAAGACUCCAACAAAAGCUAGUCAGCAGGUCUUUAGAAACCUCCUGUGAGCCAAUAUACAAAUCUCGUUAAAAUCUAUAAAUGUGACAACAUGUUUAUCUGAGAUACUGCAUGCUGCGAUUUUUAAUUUGGUGCUCAUGUAAGUGUAUUUUAAUAAUAUUUUUGUAAGAAAUAAAUAAUUUUCUAU